AACGAUUUAGUAUUUAAGAGAUGGGAAAAUAAAAGUGUUUACAUCUUUCAGUUCAGUGUUUAGUGAAAAAUGUUCAGUAUCCCCCGAGAGGUCCGGAUCCUUCUUAUUCACAAUGAUCUCUAAAGGUUAAAGGCCAUUAUCCGUUAUCUAGACACUGGAGGUAGUACAAGAGAAGAACAUCCGCGACACAAGUUUCCACGGCGACGGAGGACGGGUAGAUCAUGGACCCACCCGUCCUUGGGCAAACAGGGCGAGAGUCUGGGGUGUUGUGAGUUCGUGAAGUGCGGUCUGCAGCAAAACAACAUGCAAAGCUUUUAACUUCGCAGUUACAAGUGUGAUCAGUGCAUCGUCCUAAAGAUUAAAGAAAUGUUGUGGUUGAAUAAUAACAUGAACGUCUGGAUUGUCGCGCAGAUCACCAUCCGGGGGCUGGUUGCUAGGAGAAGUGUUUGUGAAGCGAUGGGACACAGGGCUUUUUUCAUUUUUUGAGGACUUGAGCAACUUUGUAUAGGUGGUGGAUAAAUGCAUUUUUAUUUAUUUAUUUAUUUUUUUAUUGAUUUUUUUUUUGCAGGUUACAAGCAAUGUCUUUAACUGUCCAGAAUGUACAACAAUACAAGAGCCAGAGCAGAUUCUUUGAAUUUUGAGGGAAGGAGAACUGAGGAGACAGAAUCCACGAAAAUGAUUAAGAAUAAUCAAAAAUAAGAAGAAAAAAGAUAAACUCUUCAUUCGACAGCCAGAAAUAUUGUGACUCUUUUUCGGAAGAUACUGUAAAUAAGAUGAAACAAGAAAUACGAAUAUCGGUCAAAUCGUCAGCUGUGUCUGCGGAAAAAACAUAAGAAAUAAGCAAGCAGCUGGAGAGUUUGACUGACUGCUCCUGCAUGGAGAUACGUCUGCAAAAAGAUGGAGAAGCGAUCGAAAAAUAAACAAGAACUGUAUGUUUUGAGCAGAAGACCGGUGUCAGAGACAUUUUUCAAGUUAUAGACUAGCAAUUGAUGAAAGGAGAGACACUCAUGCAGGAACAAGCGGUCCAAUGCCUCAUUUUGCAGGCUUUUGCUGCGGCCUGUUGGGCAGGACAGCCUAUUCAUCUGGAAACUUCUCAGCCCCUGACGAGGUCCUGCAGGUCCACACUUCGUCAUAGGAACAGGUGCGAGGAUCCCAUCUUGAACUCGAAGAAGUGGAUGCGACUGGACGAAAUGUGCUGCGCGCCGCUCAACGGAAGUUUGCGGUUCAGCUGCCAGGAAGGGCGGUUCGAACCCGACGGGAAGCCUUACAUCAUCCAAGCGUGCGUUGAGGAGCAGGUGGCGCCGCCUGGGAAGACGCUGAGGUUGUCGGUGCGUGACGACGGUUCGGUGCACUACGAGCUUCUCGUCUGCCACGAAGGUUUCUACGAAGAUGCGACCAGGAAGUCGUACGAAAUCACAGCCCCUGUGUGCCGACGGAAAAAGAAAACAUGUGACACAAGGUGGGGGGAAGUACUGCUGAGAGACGGGGGCGCCACGUCCGACAACCUAUGCGGAUGUGGUGCCUCGUACAGGGUCAAAGGUCAUCCCAAUGUUUCCGCUUGCUGGGGUGGUUUCGGCUCAAAUAGUGGCUGUUAUUGCGAGCGUUGCGUCGGUGGUCUCGAGAGUGAUGGGGAAAAGAACAGCACGUGCGUGUCCGCAAGAUGGACAGCAGGGGGUGAAGACAGCGCCGUGGGUGUGAACUGGACAACGACUGAUGUCAUUAACGCCGCCAUGAAGACAUCGGACGAGCACGUGCACACCUCGCGCGAGUUUCACAAGUUUGGGAUAGUGCUCAACAACUUCCUUAGAAUACUGGGCAUCGCUGCUUUUACCAUUGUUUUAAUUAUAUCGUGGGCACGAUGAGGCGAUCGGUACUAGACAGAUCGAUCUUUCUCUUCGAGUUAUUCUUUCAUUCUCGUUCAUUUCUUGCUCUCUCUUUCCCUCGAUUUCUCUUUUUACUUGUUCGGUUCUGCUUGUUUUUCUCCUCCUCCUUUCUUUCUUUCUCUUUUUUUAGUACUUCUUGUUCUUCUUUUUCUCUUUUUCAACAUAUCCACAGGACCACAGACCCGCUCAUUGUCAUAACCUCCUUUACUCAAUCAUUCCCUUUCACUUGUAUAUGUGUAGGUCUUCUACCCUGCUCUGACACUCAAGUUUUCCGCAAGACCAGUGCACAUACCUUGGUGUCGACCUGAAUAUUAGAUAAAGGAUAACCUACUUUCGCAAUGUUUGUAACACAACACGGUUCAUACCGAGGGCUGUAACCACGCCUGACUAAACACUACACCAAUAUAAACUGUCUCUGUUGUUUAAAGGCAUGGCAGUUGGAUGUGUUGGUGUUAUUUAGUCGGACUGUUUUUAUGACAACUACGUACAUAGAAAAGGUCGGAUAAACGUUGGACAAUCAUUGAUAACAGAGCCAGCAAUCUCGAUAUAUCAAUGAAGGUUGCGCACAUGGGACUUCAAGCGGAAGAAGUCUGUGCUCUGAAGUAUCCUCCGUGUGUCGAGGACUAUCAUAGACACACUGAUACCAGGUAUUUUUCAGUUAUUAGGUUUACAUUUUAAUGAAUAUUUUAGAGAUUGUCAGUGACCAAUAUACAUGAGGAUGUAUAGUCGGACUUAGUAUAUCAGUUUACCAUUUGGUGUCAGAUCCGUUACGAGACACCAAGGAAGGCAAUUGUAGAAAAGCUCGUGGCCGACAUUCGAAACUUUGGAGUCUGCAAGGCUGAGAAGGGACAGGUCUCGUUGUCAACACGAUCUCGGAAGAAAAUAAUUCAAGAAAAUCUUUCUUCGAUCCACGCAUGGACGUGGACAUGGCAGGAAUCACUUCAUUUGACCUCUGAUCUUUCAAACAACAAUGGAGCUUUAGAUUAACAGCAGCCGUGAGGUAUUCGUGUACAUAGCAUCUGUGAACUAGCAAACAGGGAAAAGAAACCUCAGAUGAAAACUUUGUCUCUACUGAAGGAAACCUGCAUCACUUUUGGAGUAAAUCGACAUAAAAGUGUGCAAUCUGGAGCGGCUUUUUAAAAUCACUGAAGUAAUCAACCUCAAACUUCCUGGUAAUCCUAGGCGGAGUGUACGGCAUAUCUUAAACUGUCUAAUAAACAUAAUUUCAGAAUCCUAUCUUUAAUCACCGCUAGACACAGACAGAAGAGAAGGAAAGGGGACGAAAGCAGAAUAUGUGAGUUUUAUUUCCAAAAGGGAUUGAGACAACUUGACUGUGAUCUCCAGGAACACUGACACUACGGGAAUAGGAGUGAACUGUGAAAUCAGUCCAGUCUUGAAAAUGGUGGCUCUGGUUCGUAGCACUGCUGAUCUGGUUGUCUUCUUCCAUGACAAAAUACAGCAACAACUGCGACAACAACGAGCCCACAACAACAGUUGUGAGAACAUAUCCCGUUCAGCCAAGGAGCAACAUCGCAAGCAUGUUCCCAGAAGGACUACUUCCCCGUGCAGGUUUACUUGACUUCCCGUCUCCAUGACUACGCAGGAUGUACUUAACUCAUGGAGAUGGAAUGUGCCGACGACCCCAAAGAAGGGAGAAAACAACAUCCGGGGUCUGGGAUUAUUAUACCACUGUCACCACAGUGAUGUCACAGGAUCCAUCUGGGCUUGAUGGAGGAGAUUCAUUUUCUAUUGACAGCCUAGCUAUGUCAAGAUGACCUACGAACUUAACUGACAACUUUACAGUGAACUUCUAUUUACGUGUGUGCAGGAUGGACAAGAAUAGGAAAAUGUCGACCCUGACAGCCAGAAUUCUGUUUGGCUGUAUUGUCUUUUGGACAUGUUCAAAGGGAGAGGCAUCGCAGGUCCUUCCAUCCACUUGCUGGGAUCAGAUCCAAAACGUUGUGUUUGGGUGUCCCCCGCGAGAUUUUGAAUAUGACGAAUAUUAUUGGGCAUCUCUCAGCAAGCUGUGCUGCAGAAACUACCCGGGAACAGUCCUACACUGUCAAGAAUCUCCAUCUCUUUUUCUAGCCUGUCUUCAAAGGAUAACAGUAAGUAAAGGACAUCAUCUGAAAUUAGAAAGAAACGCUAGUGGGUACCCUGUGCAGAAUAUCUCUCCUUGCGACGACGGCUAUUUCGAGCCGAAAGACAGACAAUCCGACACUGUACGGUUCCCACAAUGUUCCGAACCAAAGUCGACCUGCAGAGGUAAAGGUCAGAUGUUACUGUGUCGAGGGGGAAACGAGGAGGACGACCUGUGCAUCUGUAGCCAUGACUACACCCCAUAUCCCAACACCACAGAGUGUCAUCGGGGCUUUACUCAAAACAGCGACUGUCGGUGUGUGGACAGUCUGUGUCCAGAUGGAACCCAAAGAUUCUUACAGAACAACAUCGGAAGCUGCAAAAAUGUGGCCACGGAUCACAGUCACGUGUGUUCUCCAAUCAUCGAAGGACUAUCAGCAGAUAGUUCGAUUCCGAGACACGAGGUAACCGAGGACCUCCAUACUGUGAUGACUCCUCCAAAUAAGGACGAUGAUGAUAGAGGAGUGAAGAACGACAAUGACACAAAGAACUUAAACUCAAACAUUCUUAUCGCUGUACUUAUAUCGGGUUUUGUCUUACUCAUUAUUGUUGCUGUCACAGUAUAUUGUGUGUGGUUAAAACAUUCUGGUGACUACACCGUAAUGGAAUCACUACAAUCACCGUAAAUUUAUUCCAAACAUCAAAAUCAUUCAAAGGAAGAUUUCCGUGUGUGGAGGUGUAGAAGUGUAUAAAGUAUGGUUGAUAUUUUUCCACAGUCAAUGAUUAAUGGAUCUGGAAGAUGUAAGAAAUUAUGGUGAACUUCUCUUUCGUGGGUGUUCACAGAGUAAAUGGUGUACCUCCGUGUGUACAUAGAGAAUGAUGAAGAUAUUGGGGAGGUAUUGGAGCGAUUGUUCGAUCCCCAUGCACUAUAUUUAUAUGUUAGAGAGUGGAUGGGUCUGGAGAAUACUAGUUAUAGACUGUGAGCAAGAGUACAUGAUAACUCGACUAAAUUUUACUCCUUUUUGUUGUGUUUAUUGUAUUCAUGCUGAUGGUGCAAAUAGGACGUUAGAGGGCAAGAACGUUAGUGAGGUGGAGAAAGAUGAUGGGCAAAGGGAGAAAGACUGGUGUGUUAAUAUGGAGUGGUUGGGGCAUUUAUCCUGCUUGUUAGUAUGGAGAGGUUGAGGCAAUUGCCCAGUAUGUUAGUAAGAGAGGAUGGUGAAUUUUACCUGAAUGUUAGUAUGAAGAGGUGCAGGAUUUUACUCUGUAUUUUACCAUGGAGAGGGCGAGGCAUUUGUCUGUAUGUUAGUACCCUGUAUGUUAGUAUGAAGAAGAUGUGGACUGUGACUAUGGUGUGAUAAUUGGUAUGUUGGCUUUGCUUAGAUUUGGUUACUUUAAUUGCAGGUAUUGCUGUUCCCAUAUUCCCCAGAGAGUGACAGGAACAAAGAUCUCUUGUAUCUCUCGUAUUUUAUAUCUUGGAUUGUCAAGUUUAAUCCAAUUAUCAAUGCACAGCAAACAAGACACCCAGAACUAACCCUAUAUUAAAACUACAUUCUGUAUAUCCCAUUAAAGGUUUGGACAGCUGGCUGUGAAUCAGUACUGAUAGUAACUGUGUGACAGUUCUAAUAUAAUAAGAGUGGAGUUUUCUGGGGUAAGGAGGAAUCAAAAUGUAAAAGACAUAUUAGGAUAGGAGACAUCAGCAAUAUUAUGUGACCACCUAGUCACUUGUGUUAUUGUCCGCAUUCUUUGUUAAAUGACAUGCAACGAACAUAAAUCACAGAAAAUGUUUUGUGUCCAGACAAAUCACUAAUGACAAAUCUGAAGGUGUGUAUGUCUUUUGACACAGGUUGUGUUUUAUGUCACAUAUCUGCAUGUAUUUUGCAUGGCAAAAAGCAAAUCACAUCCGCUUUUGAAUGAUGAAAUCUUGAACCAAAAGGGCUGACAACUGUAAAGAAACUCAGUGUUACUUUAGAUUUUCAAAUUGUUGUAAUUAUUGUUGUUAAUAAACAACUUGUCCAGCUGUACAGUUCUUUAUUGUGCCUUGCAUCCUUUUCCUGUCAAUGUGUGCGCCUGUGUGUGUGUGUGUGGCCUCUAAGUGUGACUGAAUGUAAUAGUUUCGCUUGACAAUGACAAUGUCUAACUUUAUUAGUCCCCAGUGGGCAAUUUAAACAUGGGAAGAUAAUCAGUUAAUAUGUAUGAAUAGAUAUACAAUAAAUUAAGUUCUAGGCGAAAAAUAUGAACAAGUCAAAAAGAAUAUAAAAAAGGAGUACUGUGAAAAAUAUAAGACGGAAGUAUUGAGGGUCAACAACAAGCAAGAAGCUCCACUGCAACAACAUGGGGAAUGUAUUACAGAGUCUGUUUCACCUAACUUGGCAGCAUAGUCAGCAAAGAGGGAGGUAUAGAUGAAUAUGUAAGAAGCCAAAUAAACAAAGCCAGGCUUGCAUUCCGCACCCUGAAGUCACAAUUCAUCUGAAGUCACCUGUGAUUGAGCACCUGGGCUGCAGAUGACACAAACUAUUUAAGAUGCCUAUUAUUGUUUCUACAGACAGACAUAUCAUGAAUAGCAUUUACCUGAACUUAAUAACACAAAUAUUUAUACAGUGUGUUCAGAAUGAGCAACUUGGUAUCGUCAACACCCUUCCCUUUGUAGUGGGUACCUGCAAAUUAUAGUGGGUUCAAUUUACUCUCUAUUGAUGUUAAGAUUAUUGACAGUUUUCUAAACAGCGUGCAUCUUGAUGCUGAGUUUGGGGCUAAUAUCUGCAGCCACUUUUUUAUUUUUACUUAUUUUGUUGUGAUGUGAUCUAUGACAGGAUCAUAUUUGGAUUAAACCUAGUACUAAUUAAUUUAGUGGAACGACUGCAUCACAUUAUGGUUCACGCCAAUAAAUCAAUGGGGGGUAACAAAGUUGGGGUCGGCAGUCUAAGGGAGAUAACUCUCUCAAAAAAAAGAAGGCGAGAACUCGUAAAGUUUUCAUUCGCUCACGGGUGCUCGUAGUAGACAACACAACUAUCAAUAAUCGGAAGAAGAGAUAUCAAAGAUCAGAAAGAUUUAUGGAGACCUUAAGAAACAUGCUUCUUCGAAGACCCUAUAAGAUAGCACCCUGGCUCAGUCAGGAAGAUUGGUAUGGAGCGGCUGGUCCUAGCGAAGAAGACCCAGCCAAUCUGAAGACUUCAAGGGGCUGGGUAAGAGGUUUACCUGAGCUGGCAGUAAGAUUGCCUUAUGGUGGCUCAGUACUUCUACCGGAUUGCGACUUCAAGAAAACUCUCUUUUGGGGAGCCGGAAGCAUGGACUUUGAAAAAUGGAGCAAAAUACUUGAAGGAAAAAAGUCAGAAGUAAGCAGUUCCAAAGUCGAAACAGUGGAGAAGAGAAGUAAAGUAGAAGUUGACAAGGGCAACAAUCACCAGGUGGUUGACAAAGGCGACGAUUUGCUCGCUUUAAAGCUUCAGGUAAGAGACGUUGAAGAUUCACUGAUGUCAGGUCUACCAUUCUCACCCUCAACCAGUGAAGAAUGUGAGGAAAGUGGGCUACAAGAGGCACGUGCUACAGGUUUAUGGGAGCGAGCACUUAAAACAAAACAAAACACCUUUAUUCGGAGAGGAAGGUUCGGCCGCAAGAAAAUUCACCCACCUUUCACGGGCGGCAAGGUACUAAAGAUCGCUGCUUGGAUGUUGUUUGGCCUUUGCAUGGUGGCCCACGCUGAUGGAAAACCCCUUGAUAACGAUGGGAAAUCUUUCUGCCCGAACACCAGUCGGUACAUAGGCGACGUCUAUGAGAAUUGUCGAGAAGGCUUUACAGAGGACAGCCCUUGUUCUUGCGAAGAGUGUCCCUUGGGAGAGAUCCGUGACAAUGACAACAGGUGCGUUCUACUAGGCUCGGAGAAGGCUCCGACACCAGGCUCCACCAGGCUGGAAUCCACUGUAGAUGUCAGUACUAAGCACUCAUUGCCGGUCGACAAAGGGAAUAUGUCCUCAGAUGCAGCCCAUUUCGACAGGAAGCGUCAAGGACUAUGUUUUAUUUUUUGCUCACUAUGUAUUAUGAUUGUUAAUAAUUAUCUGUAAGUGUGACAAACCUUACAGGAAACAUUCUUGUGUUUUUCAUUAUUUGUUAGCUUAACAUUUGUAAUCUUUUUUUCAUCUCCCUUGUCUGCUAUUUAUUUAUUUUAAUGCUGAGCUGUAGUAGCAUGUCGUAUGCAGGGUUUUCUGUGUCUUUGUACAUUAGAAUUUCCGUUUGUAAAACACUUUCUAAAUUGUAAGUGUGACGAACCUUACAGGAAACAUCGUUGUGUUUUUCAUUAUUUUUUUAGCUUAACAUUUGUAAUCCUUUUUCAGCUCACUCUGUCUGCCAUUCCUUUAUUUUAAUGCUGAACUGUAGUAGCAUGCGUCAUGUGCAGGGUUUUCUGUGUCUUUGUACAUUAGAAUUUCCGUUUGUCAAACGCUUUCUAAAUUCUUUUAUGAUUAUUAUCCUCUUCAUGAUUUACUUACUGGUGUUAAUCUAUAUUGGGUUUAAAUCUUAUUGUUUAAUAAAUGUGUGAAUUCUAGCAAAAUAUAUCCUUCAUCUGUUGGCAAGGCUGUGAAAUAUUGGUGUAUAGUAAAAAAUAGCGUUAAUGUUCUAAAAUAUAAAAUAACAUACUACUAUAAUGUACUAAUGUGUUAGAUAUUUGUGGCAUGGCUCACGACAAUUUAUACAGAUGCAGUCACACACAUACAGCCCUAUGUAACACUCUUUUGCAGCUUUUAAAUUACUUUUUCUCCACAAAUAUUUUUCCACAGAUCUGCUAUACUCUCAAUACUAUCCCUACAGCGCAAUGGGUUAAUCUUAUUAUUUAGAACUAGUUUACCAACGAUGUGGCGUCAGGAUCGUGUAACACUAAGAAGCGAUAGUGAUUAUAACGUUUAAACAUUUUAGUAAUUAACUUAUUAUGAUCACUCUUGAGAACGAAUCACAAUGCAAGUUGUAGUGGCUGACACUUUUGUCAUUGCCAUGGGAUGAUUCUGGGAGACAGUGGCUACCCGCUGAGGGACUGGCUUAGUAUCCCCUUUUUUUUAAAUGCAGACACUAGAGCCCAGGAAAGAUUCAAUUGUGCCCAUAGCUCAACAAGGAGCACCAUUGAGAUAACCAAUGGUGUUCUCAAAAAUUGGUUCCAUUUCCUUCAGGCACAACUAAGGUAAAUACUGUCUUUGCUUUGUCAGACUUAAAAUGCACAAGUUUUGCUCGUGGGCUUAUUAGUAUGUGUCCUUACUUCAUGUUGUAAUAUACUGCACUCUUUUGUUUGCAUCAAGGUUUAGAAGUACAUAAACUCCUCCCAUUCAAUAUCCGAUGUUUCUGAAUAUACUUGUAUGACUUCAGAUACAUUCCUGCCAAAGCAACAAAAAUCAUCAUAGGUUUCAUUGUGGUGCCCAAUAUAGUAAGAAGUGUGGGACUUCCUGAUCUGAAUGGCAGCUCUAAUCAGGCCUCUGAUGAGACUUCAGAUGAUGAUAGGAUGACAAGGAUUCAGCAAUAUCAGGAGGACUUGCACGUUUCUGGUGGUCCCCUUGCCCGUUGGUGGAUGUUUUUGAUGACAGCGAAAUGAAAUCGUGGAAGAUCUUAAAUUCGUCCAUUUCUUUCUUAUUUCAUCUUUUUCUUUUUCUGGGAAAGGCUCUUCUUCUCCUUGGUAACCUCCUCGAUUAAGAUUAAUAUUUCGCUGUCAGUGUCACUCCAAUAGGCUCAUCUCCGUUUCAGCCAUGGUGUACAGACGAAUUUCGCGGUUCGGAACCAUCAAUGUAGCGCAGUUUUCAUUGGUGGAAUAUAUGGUUGGCAAGGGAAGCCUUGGAAGCUCCCCGGGGAAAUUUAUUUAUAUUGCUGACAUCGACCGUCGCGCAGACCUUUCCCUGACCCAUUUCUCAGCUAAGCGAGGGUCUGGGGACUCUCAUGCAGCAGGGAUUGAGACAGUGAUUUAGCAAAGACAAAAAACGAGUUAAGCAAGUCAUCUUAAGACCAAAAUUUAUGAUGGCCUAUGCUACGCAGCUCUGUACCCUGCCUAUUGUCCGGGUAGUAAUUAGAAACGAUUGAACACAAAGUAGUCAGCACCGAUUGUACUCCUACCUUCCCUCGCACGGGCGAUACCAUUCAAUUCUGUCGGCCAGAAGAAGCUCCGCCUUUAACCAAACUUAUUUUAUUUGAAACUAUGUGACGUAAGCGCUUGCACGCACGUACGCACGCACCCAGCAGCUAAACAGAUGCUACAUAAAGAGAAGGAACAAUUAACUGGUGACCAGCUAACCGUUGCGCCACCGGACGCACACAUGCAAAUCAAGGUAAAGUUCAAGGGUGAUUGGUCAAAGGCCAGCUAUCUGACCGACCCCUCCCCUAAUCCCACUGCAACACCUCCUGCUCUGAACGAGUUGGGGGAGUGCGUGGAAAAAUGGAGAAAACGAAGGAAUGUUUUCAUCGAUUCACAUCACGGACCUGCAACUCCUAGUGAGGAGUAUUGUCUUCCAAGAAGUUCGGACAUCAUUUACAUAUCACGUGAUAGCACACUGUCGCAUGAUCGCCACCGACGCGGCAGACGAUUGGUUUGUCGGUCGGUUGACUGGCUGGGUCCCCGCGCUCGCAUAGCGAAAGCUGCACCCAAAGGAGAAGUUGCUUCGCUGUCUUCCUGCGCCGUUCAUUGCUAUUAGUGACUUUGCUGGGCAUCUUCUGUCCCUCCAUUGGUUAAUUUUUACUGAAGAACUUUACACGAGAUGGCUAUUAGACCUAGAAUGUCAUUUGCCUUCUUUGGGUCCUGGAUAUGUGAAGAGGAAACUGACAGUCUUUGUCUUCCAUCUGAGUCAUCAAGUGGCAGAGCUCGCGACUCUUUCAGAUUCCCCAAAAUGUUUCGUAACAUUAAAGAGGUCCUAGAAUUGACAACAGACCCGGAUUUUGAGAUGGAUGGGCCCAUGGUUAUAGACAUAAAGCGAGACUCAAAAAGGAUUGAAGUUGUUCCCCGAGACGGGUGGGAUAAGAAAGAAGAAAAGAGUGAUCCUCACAUUGCUGCUGGUCACCCGCCGAGUGAAACAGUCUGUUCCCUGGACGAGCUGAAGAUAGACGAGAGGGAAGAGGAUGACGGAGGGAAGCCGGACUUAAGCUGCACGCAAGAACUGCCCCCACCCUCCAUAGUAGAGCAUGAGGAGUCGGGUAAAGUGUCUGAUGGUUUGUCAGAGCACAGUCGUCAAAACUCCCUUAGUGACCGGCCUACGAAGCGGAGAAGAGCCCACCAUGACCUCAAGACAACAAGACUGCGCUCCUUCGGCAGAAGCCUGGUUGCUUACAUCCUAAUAUUGAGUGGGAUUACAGUUUCUGCAAUGCCAAGUCCACUUCCUUGCAGAACAACUCAAAACUUCCCAAAAGACUGUCUUUCUAAACUUCGCCAACAAGAUCACUGCCCAUGGGACCCCACUGUUCGCAAAAAGUUCAACGACCUAUGCUGCUCUUCUUUGAACCAAACCACGAGCUACCAUUGUCAAGAGCAGCCGAAUUGCAUCAUCCACGCAUGCGUACCGGAAGUAAUGUUGGACCCGGCAAAACCGUUGAGUUAAAAGCUGACAACCUCGGUAACCCGCGCCUCACAUUCGUGGAGUGUACAGAUGGGUAUUAUGAGAAUUCGCAGAGGUCCUCACCAGAAAUAAUUUUCCCACAGUGCCAGAAGCAGAAGACCACGUGCACUAAAGAUGGCGAAAGGCUCCUGAAGGAUGGAGGAACAACAGACGACCACCUGUGCGACUGUCAGCCAAAUUACAGGUACAUGGGCAAUGAUAUUGUCCUGUGCCAGCGAGGGUUCAGUCUGGACAGUCUUUGCGCUUGUGAGCCCUGUGCAGCGGGGCAGAGUCGGGAUGAAAAGAAUAACUGUGUUCACGGGGGCUCAGCAUCCACACCGGGCAAUAUCACACGUCACAGUCCGGUCAGCGUCACUGAACCUACCCGGGGCGAUGUGUCUGUCGACCCAAAGAAGAAAGAAAAAUGUCCUGAAGAGCAGAAGGGUAUGUCACUCACUGUACUUGAAGGAAUCGCUAUCUUUUGCACGGUAGCCUUAGUGGUACUCUCUGUUGCUUCCUGUUGUUGUAAAGGACCUAGGAAUAUGAUUCGUCUGUUUAACGGACUGAAUCUGUAAGCUAUGAUUGUUACUUGUAAGAACCCACACACAUGAAGGCAUUUAUCUGUAUGUCAACACAUACAAUAAUAUGCACUGAUAAUUUGUCUCUGUAUAUCACCCUGCUUUUUUUCAGAUUACUAUUAAAGUGUAAGAAAAUGUUUUUUCAGUGAAGUAAACUGGUUUUGGCCUUGUAAUUUUAGUGGGAGAAAAAGGUUUAGCUCUCUGUGUCCUACCUUUUAUAUUUUCAUGUAGUAAUUUGUUUUUCCAGCUUAGUAAUAGAACUCAACUGUUUUAUUUUGUGAAUGAUAAAUCUUUGAUUUUUCACUGGCGACUAGAAAAUAAUAACCAGUUUUCUUAAUGUUCUACCAAUUGUUGCAUGAUUAGUUUUUUUAAUGUUUCUUUAAAAUCUGCUUGCAUAUAUGUAAUCUGCGCAAUAAAGAAAGGCUUUAAAAAUU